AUGGCUGGAUUCGAGGCGCCAGCUGCAGCGCCGGCGCCCGGCGACGAUUCCUUCGAUUGGCUCAUCCCCAAGCAGCAGGACGCAUGGUAUGGAAAUAUCCAGUACCUGAGCAACAUCUCCAUCAUCGGCGCCGUGUGCUGCGUGAUCCUCUUCCUCGUCGUCAAGGUGAGGAGCGAUCACAAGCUCCCCGGGGCGGCAUCGCUGGUGACGAAGCUCCUGGCGGUGUGGCACACGACCAGCCAGCAGAUCGCGAGGCUGUGCGGCGCCAAUUCGGCACAGUAUCUGUCGGUGGAGGGCUACACUUUCGUCACGCUCGCGAUCGUCUCGGUGGUGGCAGUGCUGGUCAUCCUGCCCGUGAAUUUGUAUGGGGGCACGGUUCCAAUCGAGGACCAGUUUGCAAAGGCGACGGUUGCUCACGUCAAGGAGGGAUCGCCAUGGCUGUGGGCUCACACGGUGUUCAUGGUGGCUCUCACCGCCGCCGUCCACCUUUGCACGAGUAGCCUGGAGAAGCAUCUCCAGGCGACACAGUUCCACGACGGAGACUCGGCCGACUCGGUGGCGAUUUUCACGCUGAUGGUGAGAGGAGUUCCUCGGGUUCUCGCCAUGGACAAGCGGCCGCUGGAGGACUACUUUGAGCACCGGUAUCCAGGGAAAGUCUACUCCAUUGUUGUCCCUCACGAUCUGGACGCGUUCUAUCGGCUCAAGUCCGAGCUGCUCAAGACGAGGGAGAGGAUUGUGGCAGCGGACGCUCAGGCUCGAGCACGACAGCAGGUGUUCUACGAGGAAGACUACUUUUUUAGUGGUGACGAUAGGGAUCUUUUCGUGGAUUUGUCAUCGUCCAGCAGCAGCCACAGGAGGGUGUCUUGGUUCCGGGAGAAGUGGUCUUGGAUCAAGCACGAGGUGACGAGGUGCUGGAGCUGUAUAUUAGUUUUGUGCCGCUUGACUCCCGAGGAUAGGCUGAGGAGGCUGGCUGCUCGACGCGGGGAGCUCGAGAGCUCUCUCGGUGCUUACAGGGAUGGGAUUGCCACAGGUGCUGGGAUUGCUUUCGUGGUAUUCAAGGACGUAUUCACGGCGAGCAGGGCUCUACAGGACGCUAGGAUGAAUUCUACCAGGAGCGAUAGAUUAGUAGGAGGUUUUUCGAUGGUGGAGGCGCAGCUCUCGAGGGGGUGCUGGAAAGUUGGCAGGGCUCCUUCGCCUCGCGAUAUCUAUUGGCACCACCUCGGCAGGAGCUCACUCCAGAGACGCUUGCGAACGGUUGCUGUGAAUCUCCUGUUGCUGCUGGUGCUCUUCUUUUGUAGCUCGCCACUGGCGGCCAUCACCGCGAUACACAACGCUAGCCGCUUCAUCGGGCGAGAUACCAUGGAGCACUUGCAAGUUUGGCUCGCCUGGGCUCGCUCCUCCAACUGGUUCUCCACUUUCAUCCUCCAGUUCCUGCCGAACGUGCUCAUCUUCGUCACCAUGUACGUGCUUGUUCCCGCGUGCUACAUCGACAAGCAGGACUGCAAGAGCAUCAAGCAGCUCAUGAGCGCGACGUUCCUGGCGACGUCGUGCCUCUCGGCUCUGGCGUUCAUGAUCACGAGCUCCUUCCUCGGCGUCUCGUUCGACUUGCUGGCCCCAAUCCCCUGGAUCAAGCGGAAGUUCCUGAUGAGGAAGAGCCGGAGCGCGGCGGCCAUGGAGAAUGGAACCCCCGGCCACGACGCGAACGGCUUGCACGAAGCGCUGCUGCCCGAGAAUGGAGCUCACAGCGAGGAGGACGACACGGUUCCGCGGCAGGCCUCCGAGACGAUGAACGACGGCUUCGACCUCCAGGGGCGGGACUUAACGGUGUACCCGCUCGUCAAGGAUCUCCACUGGGGGAUCCAGCGCUUCGACCACGCGCAGUACUACGCCUUCAACCUCACCAUCUUCGCGCUGGUGAUCGUCUACUCGACGUUUGCUCCGGUGAUGAUCCCGUUCGGCGCCUUGUACUUCGGCUACCGCUACAUGGUGGACAAGUACAACUUCCUCUUCGUCUACCGGGUGAGAGGCGCGGCCGCGGCCAACGAUGGCAAGCUCAUGGGGACGGUGCUGCGAGUAAUGAGGCUCUCGCUCUGCCUCUACCUCGUCGCCAUGCUGCUCUUCUUCUACGUCCGCGGCGAUGGCGAGAGGCUCCAGGUGCUCACGACGCUUGCGCUGCUCAUGGUGGUGUGUGCCAAGUAUGGUAUCGAGAAGCUGGUGUCGCCGCCAAAGGAUGGCUUUGAUCUCUCCGUGAUCCAGGGGCUGAGGACGGUGGACGAAGUUGUGGAGGGGGCGGAGGUGGAGUACGAGGUUCUAGCACGGCCGAAUUUCCAAGGGAUUUGA